AUGAUGUUUUACAUUUUAGUUGUCCUAUCGUUAUGUUAUGCUCAAGGAAUUGACGUCAAGGGCAUUGUCGAGGACCUGAUUACGUAUCCUAUCAACAGACUUGAGGUCUGGGAUAACAGUACAUGUUUCGAUCCAUUGGGUCGGCCUGUAAGUGAUAGAUUAAUAUAUUACAGUAGGUCUUAUUCAGGUCAAUAGCUUGGUUUGCACCUUAGUUUAUCAGUACUGUGAUGGGGCUUGGUUGAAUGCUUACAAACUCGACGUUCAUCCGAAAGUCUACGAACAGACUACGAAGUCGUGCUGGCCAGAUUAUCAACAGUACUUUGAGCUUUUUAAGAAAGAUUUUCAGAAGAAAUGUGAUACGGUAAGUCUAUCGUAUGUUUUGGUACCUUAAACUGAAAAUUUAAAAUUUUUUAAUUUGGGUUUUUAGACUAACGACUAUGUGUGCCAAAUCAGCGUUUAUCCUGCGUUUUAUGUAUCGACCGAUGUUUCUUUCAACAACUCUCGAAUGUUAAUAUUCUGCCAGCACUGUCAGGCCAAGGUCGCUCCAUUCAAUAACCCUAAUGACGAUGCCUUUGACAAAAUUUGUUAUACUGGGAAUGAUGCGUGGUAUUUGGAUGAUCUGAAUCCUGAUACUUUGAUCUCUGCGGUUAUCAAGAACAACUUUGCGACAUUUUAUUACAAAGGAGUUGGAUCUAUUGUCUCAAAUGAAAAGGUAAUAAUUUUUGUUAUGCUGUUUAGCUUUUAAAAUUUUCAUGUUUAAAAUUAUUUGGACCAGGCAAGUGAGUUUGACCGGAGAGAGGUAAAAACAGUUUUGUUAUCCAUCGUUUGAAUGUUUUUUAAAAUACUUAAAAUAGAUCAAGUUUAACAUGUUAGAAAACUCAAUUUCAGUAUUGUGAACUGACUCAAACCCUGAUAAGAGUACCUAAAAGUGCUAGGAUGGCAUUGGCACUCAACAUGACUUCUCUUGAUGAAAGUCAAAUCUGCGAUGAAGAGUUGUGCUACGUCAAGGGGUCAGACAGUAUUGCUGGAGAUGCUGAGUAUGUAACCAUUACGUCUGCGACUUUGGCAACACUCGAGAAGCGACCAGACCCAUACAUACUUCAAUUGAUGGAUAUGAAGAACUACUUUGGUUUAAUCACCGAGAAUGGCUCGCUAAGUCAAGAACCUUAUGUACUUUUAACGGCUUGUAAUCAUACCUAUAUGAAGUACACUUUGGACGGCGAGCUAUUUUGGCAUUGUGCGGUAUUGUAUACAUCCAUUGAGUACGCGCCCGUGCCUUAUGCGAUUGACACAGGUCAGAAUUUUAUUAUUUUUGUGUAUAACAUUAUUCUCUAUGGUACGAAGAAGAUAAAUAGUAAAGUAUCUAGGGAAUUAAUUAUGGGAAGACGAAGUAUAGCAGUUAAGUUAAUCGUAAGUUUUACCUUAUUUGUUUGUUUCUUUAGUUGGUUCAUUGGCAACAACUCCAAGAAAUGUGUCAGGCGACUCCUACUGUCUACUGUACACGACACGUUUCUCUGAUAAGUCAGACAUGGUGACCCAGCCUGCUUGUGCUUGUACUGGAUAUAAAUGUGAUGAUAGCCCAAGGUUUAACAUGGAGUUUGAUCAAGUCGUAGACAUGAUUGAAGUAUGUUUUAUGAUAGAUUAUAUUAAAGUUGAUUGACAAAAUUGUGGUUUAGGCAGUUAAUGAGCACGAGCAGAAACGGCAAGGUUGUCUGGGUGGAGGGGAAAAAUGUUUUUGAAUUAUUUAAAUUAAAUUUUUACAGAACGGAUCAUGUUACGACAGCGACAUACAAGAUGUAGUACGCACACGAAGUGCUUUGUGUGUCGCCAAGUUCGUAGUUUAUUCUGAAGGUGAAGCUGCCCAGCGCCCUUCUCGCGAUACUAUUUAUGCAAAGUCCAAACUUGAUAUUGACUAUGUAAAUGACAAGUAUUGUCUUCAGAGGGCUGAUUUUAAAUGCUACAAGUUUAGAGUCGAGUAAGUUUCUCAAAGGUUUACAUCAACAGAUAUAUAGAUAUUAUUAUGCUAGUUUAGGUAAUGAAUUUACUUUUUAAAAUAAUUCUUUAAAUUCUUUGAUCUGGAGUAUAAGGUAUGCUAGUUUAGGUAUUACUUAUUAAAACAGUGGUUCAAGAUUAAAUUUAAACUUUUUCAAAAUUUAAAGUAAUGAUCUUUAGAGGCCAAUUGCAAUGUAAAUGUUGUUGUGUGACGACAAUUAACAAACCAUGCAAUGACUACGAGGAAAAUAAGGAAUUUAAAGAUAACUUACUGGCUUGUGCAAGUGGAUUCACAGAGCCAGAUUUAGAAGAUCAGUUUGUACUACCAUAUGUAAGUUUUGUGAAAGAUAUGAUUGACCAAUACAUAUGAUGGUGUUAAUUAUAUCUUUUCAAAAGUUUAGUUUUUUUUUACACGUUAUAUUAUAAAAUGGCAGUUAUUUGUUUUACAGGGAUGAAAUAAUUUUUUUUCUAAAUAUUUUUAAUGCUUAAUGAGAUAUUGACUUUAUGUUAUUGUAGCUGUUUUCACCCGCUCCAACAGUCUAUCCCAUUAACUUUGACCAAAACCCAAAAGUAUUUUAUGGACUCUACACAGCCUACGACACCGUGAUGGAGUAUGUCACUAUAAGAAUGAGAGAUCGUGUUGUUUUGGCCAGAGGGAUACUGUACUUUACGAAUUUAAUCGUCAAUUCCAUAUAUGAAGACAAGAAGUACGCCUACCUUUGUGAUUACACAAAGAAUUAUAUUAACUUUGGGGCAGGAAACUGCAAAUGCUGGUUGGAUAAGACACGCAAGGCGAGGGAUCAAAGCUUGGAUUGUUGUUGUAAGCCGAGUAAGUGGUUUAUAAUUUAAAUCUACUAUAUUAUACGUAGUGAUUUAUAUUAUUGUUGGUACUGUUAUUAACCUAUUUUAUUUUUGAGUACUAUUUUUUGCUUAUUUUUGCAAUGUAUUAUCUGUGACUUGAGUAUUACACAACACUAACAAGCUAAUCACAAAUUAUUUCAGAUUCAAUCGACGUUCUCUUCAAGUCCCUGGCCGGUGUCUACCACAACUACCUCACAACAGAUGACGAACUACAACCAGACUCCUUAGCUUAUCGAGAAUCUUGUUCCAAUACCUGUUGA